AAAAAGGAAAAAGGAAAGAAGAAUAAAGAAAGUGAAAAACACAACUGCCGAUAUAAACGUCACCACCUCUUUCUCCCACCGCGCUGCCACAGCACUACCAGACCACCGUCGCACACCACCACCGCCACACGCCGCCUCCAUUUCAUCGUCGGUUCCCUCUCUCUCUCUAGCAACAAUAAAAUUGCCCCUUUCUCUCUUCCUCUUCAUCAUCAUCAUCAUCAUCGCUCACCCUAUCCAUCAAAUUUGAUUUUCUUUCUUCCCUAAAACUUCCAACAAUCGAGCAAAAAGGAUUCACAUCUUCAAUCUCAAUUCUCAAAUAAGCAAAAUCAAAGUGUCAACCUCAAAUCCUCAAUCUUGAGAUUGAAAAUCUAAGAUUGAGUUGAAGCAGUGGAGAUGGAGGAACGUGACGAAGAUUUGAGCGGCGGAGAUUAACGGCCACGGCGACGACGGCGGUUUGAGCUACGGUGGUUUGAGAGUUUUAACGAGAAGGAGAAUGGAAGAGAAAGCGAGAAACAGGUUUUUGGAUAACAUUGAAAAUUUAAUUUAUUCUAAGGGUAUUUUGGUCAAUUCGGGGUGUAAUUAGAAAAAAUCUAAUUAUAAUCGCAAAUUCACCAAAAAACUAACAAUUAUUUAUUUGAUUCAAAUAAUAAUAGCAGCAAAUACAUGAUCAAAAAUAAAGAAUUAAGAAUGGUACUGUGAUUAUAGGUUGACAUACAACUUAGAUAAAAAAAACUAUCAAAUAUAAAACCACUCAACAUAAACAAAAAUAUAAAUCUUUCAUUGAUAUUAAUGACAUGUUAAUGGAGUCUGUGAGAUUGUGAGAGAACACAUCAAUGAGAGAUUUACGAGAGAGAGAGAGCGUGAAACAGGAGCAUAAAAAGCAGUUUCUAAAAAUUUAUAUAAAGAAGGGUAAUUUUGGUAUUAUAAUUAAAUAUUAAUGAAAAUUGGGUGUAACUAGGUUUUGGGGUGUGGUUAGAAAGUUUCAAUAAGAAAUCUAUAUUUGAGAGAGUAAGGAAAAAAAAAUCAAAUAGGCGCUAAGAGGGCCGAAGCAGAAGAUACAAUCGUAGUGCCGGCAACCGGCAACCGGAUAGGGCUCACCGGGAACGAACCCUAUAAGCUAAUUCGACUUUCGAGUUUGAAGGUUAUUACUACAGAUCGGUUUUUGUAAAAGAUAAAGGUAUUUUUUUUUCUUCUCAAUUUUGAUUUUAACCCUCUGCACAAGACAAUAUGCAUUCAAAUCAUAGCUUAGAGAUGAAAUCAUAGUGUGUUCAAUUAGGGUAGAUGAAAUUAAGGAAUGUUUCAAUUGUCAAUUUUGUUAUAAAAAAUUCAGAAAUAUUUUAUUGCAUAACAACUAUAAGACCUAUAAUAUUGUAGAUGACUGAGUUUUUGAAGUUUACUAUGUGUGUAGAGAUAUGAUUGUGAAGAUGGAUGAGUUGUCAUAUAACAAAAAAUGGGUUAAGAAUGUUGUCUAAGUUCGAUUCUUGGGUGGAACAAUUCUUGGUUAGACUUUACUUACCUUCCGGUCGAACUCUGGAUUACCAUGACCCCUUUCCCUUGGAAUCGGAGGGUUAUUACUCUUUUGUCAUUUGACAUCAUAUUGUUGAAUAGCUAGGUUGGACCUUUACUUAUUUUUCCUUGAUCAUUAUUAAAGCUCUGAGAUUCAUUUGGGUAAACAACUCAAUUUAGUGCUUAUGUAUGUGUUAUUUCUGUAAUGAUAAUCAAAGAGAUAAUAUGGCUACACUGUUUUUAGAUAAGUUCUACAUUGUUUCCAUAAGCUAUCUUGAGAAGCUUAUUGAAAUAAUAUGAUAACAACGUAUGGACAUUUUAUAAACUACUUUCAUAAGUUCUCCCAAUCAUUUAUACAAGUGCUUAUGUCAUUGGAUAAACCUGAAUAAGCUGUGAAAAUGCGCUUCCUAACACACCUUAGUAGAUUUCAUGUAUUGCUCUUCCUUGUGACAGUGUUAACUUAUAAACAUGACAUUUACAGAUUACUCCUCUAAUAUUAGUAUUUGUCAAUUUGAGUGGUAAAUUUUAUGUUGAACUCGUUGAUGUUUGUUCAGUUUAGAUGAUAUGUUACAUACAUUCGUUUCAUUUUUAUUACAGCAUUCUUUACCUAAUGUUGAACUCAUUGAUGUGUCUGUUUAGUUUGGAUAUUUCAUACAAUGUUGUUUCUUUUUUCCUACAGCAAUCUUUCUAUCUUUUAAGCAUCACCUUAUAGAAUUUAACAUUAUGUAGGCAAGUACUAAGGUGCGGCUUAAACAAUGGGAUCUAACUCAUUGAAGGAUUAUCUAAAAAAAUAUGUUAGUAACCCUGAAGAAGACAAGAAAAAGAAGAAAAAGAAGAGGAAAACUCUACCACAAGCAUCUGGAUUGUUAGUCGUUGAUGAAGAUCCAGCCUGGCAGAAACCCGUGGAUCUCGGAGAAGAAAAUGUUGAGAACUCAUCCGAUGAGGAGAAACCGGUAGUUGACGAAGACAUUGAAGUAAAGCGUAUGAAGCGGCUUGAGCAGCUGAAGGCCAGGCGUUCUUAUCAUGAUAUAUCCGAGGAUGGAAGUGGUUGGAUUCCACUUUCUUCUAAGUCUGAGAAUCUUGGUGACUCAAAUGAUAUGUCUCCACCACGUAAGCAGAGGGUUCGAAAUGACACUCCUUCACCAGAACCUGAAUUAAAUCAUUCCACUUCUAACAAAACGGGUGCUGAUUUAUCCUCUUCGCGUCGGCAGUUGAAAUGCAAAGACACUCCAUCACCUGAACGUAACUCACAACCUGCACAUUCAGAGGGACUGAAUUCUGAUUUAUCUCCUCCUCGUAAACACAGAGAUCAGAUAGCUCGUGAACCAAGGUUGUCUAAAUCAAAAUUUGAAGAUAGUGAUAGAUCACCUCCUCGACGGCAACAUAUGGAAGAUCUUUCUCCACCUAGACGAGGUCGUCAUGAUUCUCCCUCUCAAGAUACUUUUCAUGGAACUGUGUCAUCUGACCUUUCACCCCCGAGGAAACGCCAGCAUAGUGUUGCAAGAUCGAGUUUAUCUGAUGUUUCUCGUCGUUCGCAUCCAUCUUUCGAUCAUGACCUAUCUCCACCAAGGAAGAAAUCGAAGGAGCUAUCCAUUCCAGCAUCUGUUAAUGAAAGAAAGACGGGUUUGAUUUCUGGUAAGGAUAUCAGAGAAGAGAUUGACAAAAAGAAGAAGGAGGAUUUGCUGAGACUUAAACAGAUGGACCCUGUCAUCAGUGGGCGUGGCGCUGAACCUGUAUUUCGUGAUAACAAAGGAGCACGCAUUACCAAAGAGGAAUACGUAAAGUCAAAACAGAAAGUAGAAGAAAAGCCCAAGGAGAUUCAAAUAGAAUGGGGCAAAGGCUUGGCUCAAAAGCGAGAAGCUGAGGCUAGGCAAAAGGAACUAGAGGUUCAGAAAGAAAAACCUUUUGCUCGGACCAGAGAUGAUCCUGAACUUGACAGGUCACUGAAGGAGAGGAUAAGAUGGGGUGAUCCUAUGGCCCAUCUAGUAAAGAAAAAAUAUCCAGAGCCUGUUCUGCCGAACUUGGGGGAUAGUGAUAAAAUGAGGGAAUCUGGUUUUGUUGUUCCUCAAGAGAUUCCAAGUCAUAGCUGGUUGAAGAGAGGUUUAGAUGCCGCUCCAAAUCGGUAUGGGAUACGGCCGGGACGACAUUGGGAUGGUGUUGAUCGUAGUAACGGGUUCGAGAAGGCAUUGUUUAAGAGGAUGAAUGAGAGACAAGCUACAGACAAAGAGGCUUAUCUUUGGUCUGUCUCUGAUAUGUGAAAACUUACAUUAUAUUGUAACAACAUUCAAACAAAGUAUGGUUGAUCUGGCAUAUUUUCGAAGUGUACUCAGGGGGCCACAUUUGGGAGGCAUGUUUGUAAAGAUUUUAAUAUGAUGUUUUCAUGUUAAUUAUGGAAAAUGAUGAGCCAUAGUUUUCUUCAUUGUUCUAAUCCUGCAGAAAAAUGAGGAAAUUUUUUGUCAA